AUGGCUCUCCUACAGCAGAACACACCAAGCACUCUGGCAGGCGCGCCAGGACACCAGUCCAACUUCGCUCCGCAGCGCAUCCCGCCUACAGUGCAGCAGCCCCUCAUUUCCGCCUCGGCGCCUGCUUCGGCUCCUAGCUAUAUCAGUGAGGCCACUCGGCAGCUCACACGUCUUUCGAAAGCCGUCGGGCAGGAUGAAAUCAAACGAGAGAAGCUCCUCCACGCCUUGAGGUCUGCUGGUGCCGAAUGGGCGCGGAAACCCAUACCGCUAAGCCUGGACCGUUCGGCUUGGGUCUCCGACGUCAGCAAUGAUCACUCGCCGUAUGAAUACUCCUUGGCUCUGUCCCAGCAGACUGGCGCGUCGGAGCUGCGGUUCUUGAUCGAGGCUCAACCUGAACAGAACAGCCUGGCCGCCCUCCAGGAGAGCACGUCGCGUUUAACUGACGAAAUCAUGACUCAAUACGGCCCCGAAAAGGUCUCUGUGGACCGGUUGAAUCUCGUGCGAGAUCUGUUUCUCCCCGCCGAUGCGGAGGGAAGGCUGGCCGCAUGGCACAGCUUUGCGACUUCCAACACUUUGGAAAAGUGGAAGAUAUACCUCAACCCCGUCGCCGCUGGAAUGCAGAAUGCUUGCCGCGUUAUCCGACAAGCUCUGGAGCGCCUGGGGCUGGCCCACUCGUGGGCGCUCUUGGAGACGAUCCUGACCGACAACGACUGUCCCAUCUAUUUCUCGCUGGGCUUGUCGCCGAAUCCCGAAGACGCCGAAGUCAAGGUCUACGUUGCACACUUCGGCGCCUCCGCCACGCAGAUCGCGCACAAGCAUGUCCAGAUGGAUCGCCAGGCCAGCAUUCCUGCCAUUGAGCAGUUCUACCUCGCCAUGGGUGGUGGCUCACUGGGGCCUUACCGGCGGAAGCCCGGGCUGUCGUGUUUUCAUUUCAAGAACAGGGAUCCCUCUCGGCCGGCGGCCCGGACAGUGCUCUAUCCGAUGGACAGCUACGCAGUCAACGAUGCUGACGCGCAGCAGCGCGUCGAGACGUACAUGGAUGCAAUCUCGGCGCCGCAGCUCUACCGGGAGAGAUAUAGGAGUGCCAUCCGCGCCGUGCAGCGUCGGCCGUUGGAGGCCGGGCGUGGCAUCCAUAGCUGGGUUAGUAUGAAGGAGAAGCCGGAUGGCACACGGUCCAACACGUUCUAUCUCUCAGCCGAGCUUUUUGGAUGCCUGGGCGAUGAUAGCCUCGCAACGUACUCGGUCGAUGAGUCCCUGUAG